CAGAAAAAAUAAUUCCAAAUGUCUUCCAAUUUCCCAUUGGUUACAGCAUACCCAGUUGGACAAGCGCAUUUUUAACUUUUCCCGCGUGUUGUGGAGUAGACGUUGGAUUUACCAUUCAUUUGUCUCUGCUUUUUCCUGUAGUACCUAUUUGAAAAGUUAUUUCAAGUUGUUCUGCUGAUAUGGCUGGUGGUAAAGCAGGUAAAGAUUCUGGAAAGUCAAAAGCAAAGGCGGUUUCCCGGUCUGCACGAGCAGGCUUGCAGUUCCCUGUUGGUAGGAUUCAUCGUCAUUUAAAGAGUCGUACCACAAGUCAUGGAAGAGUUGGUGCAACUGCAGCUGUGUACAGUGCAGCCAUAUUGGAGUAUUUAACCGCUGAAGUAUUGGAGUUGGCUGGAAAUGCCAGUAAAGAUCUUAAAGUGAAGAGAAUAACCCCUCGUCAUCUUCAGCUGGCCAUCCGUGGAGAUGAAGAACUUGAUUCCCUAAUCAAGGCCACUAUUGCAGGUGGUGGUGUCAUUCCUCACAUCCACAAGUCCCUUAUUGGAAAGAAGGGCACAAACCCCAAAGCACCUUAAAGCAAGCAUCCAAAAUCACACAUUUCAUCGUAUUCAUUGCACUAAGUUUAUGCUGACACGAUUUUUUUUCAAUAAAAAAAUCUUUUAUCUUA